GAACCCACUAUCCGCGGGUGAACGUUGCCGCAGACUUUAUUCGCUUCAUUCAGUGCGUGAUCCUUAGUCUGUCAUAUGUGCGGGCACCUUCCUUAUGCUGUGAAGGAAUCUCCUGUUAAAUUUUUCUUCGUGUGUCAGCUAAGCAGUGAAACCAACGUGCGCGGAUCGCAGAGUGCCGAGAUCAGACAGACUCUCCUCGUGCGAUUCGUGUUGUCUUUCUUCUCGAGAAUUUAAUCAGUGAGAUUUGGGAACACGAUUAAUAAAUAUAAUUUUGACUCAGAAUUUAUCAAGAGUGAAAAAGUUUCAUACAAAAUAUUAUAAUUGCUGCUUCAUUGAUGUAUCAUAAAAUUUAAAAUUCAAUGGUAGUAUUUUAUUAAACGUAGCUCAUUGAUUAAAUAAUACAUAAAUAUUCUACGCAAUUACAGUACCGAUUGUAACCAUAUUUCUAUUGAUCAUCAUUUAUUGAUUACGACGAUCAAUGCGGUGUUAAAAUUGGUAUCCAAAUCGUUGCGGCCCGUGUAGCAAAUUCGCAAGUUGCUCGUUCGCCAAAAUCAACACUUUGUGCACCACGUUCAAGCGUAAUUCUUCGAAUUCUGAACAGUGAAUCGGCAUUUCCCGCAUUCACGCACAUCCGUUCAGGCAUGCACGAGAAUCUGGCCGAGUAAACUCAUUACAAUAGCAUUACAACAACUUCCUAACAGGAAUUUCAUUGAAAGCUAAGAUGACGGGAUCUGGAGACUUUAACGACGAAAAUCGGUGAGCUCGAUCUCCCUUCCGUUAGACAAAAAAAAAAUAGAAUCUAGUCGAUCGUUUCCCAAAGCGCAAGUGAAUUCUGCGUGGUGGAUACUUUAAUAAUAAACAGAAGAAGACAUGGCGCGUCCGUUGAGUUACCUCUUCGUGAUCGUAUGCGUCGCUUGCGAAGUGAUCACGGAAAAAGAAUCGAACAUCCUCAAGCUAAGCAGACCGCAGAAGGGUGCUUCGAACGAGACUAAAGCGGCAAGCUUUAACGUAACGGAGUACACAACACAGCAGAAUGAGUCCGGCAAGCAGGCGUCUCUAAUUGCCUUCAGCAAGAAUAACCCAGAGUUGGACUGGAAGAAUUACUUGAAGAUGUUUGACGGAAACGAGGAGGAGCACCGGGAUCUCGACGUUGAUUUUAUGAAGGAGAAACUCGAAAAAACGGCCAAUAGUAUACAAUGGCUCGCUGAUCUUUACGAUCCUCUGAGGUGGGCCAGAGUACCCGGAGAACUUCAGAAUGAAUGCCGAAGGGAUAUGGAAAGAUUUCUCAGUGCGCUGAGAGAUGGGAAGCUCUGGGCGGCAAAAAUGUCGGACGCGAGUGGCCGCUACUCCUCGCAAUUUCACUUUGGUAACGGCUUCUGGCUGGGCUCGAUCAGCCUCUGCAAGGAGCUCAAUAACACCAACGGAAAAACUAUAAUGAGCGUCGAGGAGCAACCGCUUUUUCCCCUAAGAUUUCACGUCGCAAGAUUGUAUCUAAAUCUCCCGAAGGAAGUCGACUUUUCGACACGUCAGGUGUUUUUGGGUCUCUGCCUGCCAGGUACAUGCGAUCGCGCAUCCCUGACCUCGAUGCUAAGGGCCAGCGCUGAUAGAGUCGAACGCGAAGGCAAUUCGACCUAUCGAUCGAGCGGCCCGAAAAUUCACGUUGUUACGGUGAAGCCCGUGCCAUCCAGCAAUUACUGCGCCUGGCAAGAUCCCAAAUUUUACGUCCUCUCAGCCAUCGGCGGCGCGAUAUUGAUGCUGAUGAUCGGGGCGACCGCGUACGAAUACAGAUCGUUCCCUCUCACGAGGGACGUCGAGUCGUCGAGCGUGUCCAACAAUAAUGACAAAACCAACGAUUUUAUGGACAAGAAUCUGAAUCAAGACCGCAGGAUCUCGAUGGGGCAGGAAAACGAUCAGGAGCUGAUCGAAAAGGGGACAAAGCAAAAAGAGAAUCCCAUACAAAAGAAGGAUUGCAACACAGGAUUCUGGCUGAAAUUCUUACUCGCGUUCAGCCCCACCGUCAACGGAAGCAAGAUAAUCAGCACCGAACCUGCGGCCAAAGACAGUCUGACUUGUCUCCACGGUCUCCGCGUGUUCUCCUUGGGAUGGGUUAUCAUGGUGCACACGUACAUUCAGGUCUUCUCCAUCGCUGAGAACAAGACAUUGCGAACGGUCACAGAAAGGAAUUUCAUGUUCCAGACCGUCAGCAACGCGACAUUUUCCGUGGACACUUUCUUCUUUAUUAGCGGCUUGCUGGUGACUAUUCUCUUCUAUCGAUCCCUGGGCAAUCUCAGUGUCGAAAAGGGCAACUAUUUGAAGACGAGCUUCACCAAAUUCGUCAUCAUGGUCCUGUACCGAUUCGUCAGACUGACACCGGCUUAUCUCUUUGUGCUGGGGAUGAACGAGAUCGCUAUAAAACAAGCUCAAGCGAAGACAGUCUUUUCGCCCAUUAUUAUCGAUCAUCUGACCUGCGAAAAGUUCUGGUGGCGAAACGCGCUAUAUUUGAACUCGCUGUAUCCGCGCACGGAAAUGUGCAUGAUGUGGAGCUGGUACAUGGCAAACGACACGCAGUUCUACGUCCUUGGGAUACUUCUUCUUUUGCUCUCCGUGAAAUAUUUCAAGACCGCGGUCGCUGUCGUUUCGUUGCUGAUCGUCUCUUCGUGGUUCACUACGUUCUCGAUAGCCUACAGCAACGAUUACAUAGCCAGGAUCCAGGAGCCAUUUGCUCUAUUCGACGAACUCUACGAUAAACCCUGGCUAAGAGCGGGCCCGUAUUUCAUCGGCACGAUCAGCGGUUAUAUCCUCUUCAGAACAAAGUGCCAGCUAAAGCUACCCAUGGGAGUGGAAUUGAUCGGUUGGAUAUUGUCCAUAGCCAUCAUGUUCUCGGUGGUGUAUGGCCUGUACCCCGGAAAUUUGACGGUAACGGUGAGCUCCGUGUACGCUGCCUUGGGACACACUGCGUGGGCGAUGGCCGUGGCUUUUAUCGUGAUCCAGUGUUGCACAGGAUCGGCACGAAUGAUCGACGGUUUGCUUUCGCUUAGGCUAAUGUACCCGCUCUCAAGGCUCACGUACUGUGCCUACCUUGUGCAUCCUGUUAUCAUGAUGAUCACGACUCAACAGAUGGACGGACCGCUGCAUCUCCACAACGGAAUUGUGCUUAUCCUCUAUUUCGGCAAUCUAGUAGCCUCGUACCUGCUGUCGUUUUGCAUUUCUCUCGCCUUGGAGGCGCCCGUGGUAACUUUGUUGAAAAUUACAUUUACUUCGAAGAAAAGGGCGAGGUAGAAUGCGAUUGUGCGUCUGAUAGAAGGAUAAAUGCGAUUAUCAAGCGUAGUAACAACAUUGCUCCAAUCUGAAUCUCAAAGCAAAGAUAAAUAUCACACCGAACACUUUUCCAGGGUGGAAAAGUUCAUCUUUGUUUGCAACCACAGAUCGCUAGCAUUUGAUAAUUCGACACUAAUGUAAAUAUUUGAUGAUGUAACUCAUGUGAUUCAUGUGAUGUAACAAGUCUCAAUUCCCUGAUGUUAAAAUUCUUUUAACAAGACAGACAACUAAAUUUCUCAUAAAUCAAUUUGUCAUUUAUUAAUGAAAGGUAAGGGAAGAUAAGAGAUUUAUAGAAAAUAGCAAUUAAUUGUCGCAAAAAUAAAACGAUAUUGUAAAUGUGAGCAUUAAAUUAAAAAUUAAAACCUACCAAUGUGAGUACAAAGCUUUGUUAGUUUUUGCCGAGUCGAGGAAUUUUAAAUUUCGGGGACAGUUUUAUUUGUGAUUCUCACCAGAAGCAACAGUAAAGUUGAAAUGACGUACAUGCACGUUAAUUACGUUUCUUCCGAUUUUAACGGUAACAACUAUGUAUUAACAUGACCUGCUAGUGCAAUAAUCUUUUAUUUACAUAGUGACUAGGAAAAUGCUCCCAUGUGUCCGAGAAAGGGGUAAAUCGCCGGCAAUGCAAUAUAGAGCCACGUAGCGUGUUAAGAGACUUUUCUCGUACAUAGCCGCAGAUCUAUCAUGUCGCGUGUGAAUGAGAGAAAAUCUAUGAUAACAGCUGUAAAUAUAUAAAGCAGCGUAUAAACAAUAACUAAAAGCGUUCAAGCAUGCAACAUGUUAGGUAUAUUGUAAUAUGUAUAUCAAUCUUUGAUAUAAACUUUCUGUGCGAAAAAAAAAAAAAAA